GUGAGAAGAUCCAAACUGUCGACGUAACAUGGCGGCAGGGCGAGGAAGCAUCCCAAUCGCAGAAUCCUACAAGUACAUUUGCUAGACCCCGACCAUCUCGAGGCUAUCCUGCUUUCGCCUUCCUACCCCCUUCUCUCCGUUUACCUCGAAUCGAACGACGCGAGAACUGGUCACCGACCAUCAUCACCCGUCCAUCACCAACAGGCUUCACAUGCCGAUCUACGAACAAGAGGAAAAACAGUCCUUCUACUGUACGUCGGCCAAACGGGUCGUUCGCUAUCGCAAGUGGAGGUGAAAUCCCUUAUAUCUGCCUUUGACCCGAAUAAUUAAGCACGACUACCUUGUCGCACCACAAUGGCCGCCGUCAAAGAUACCGCUACCGGCACUGGCCCCCUCAAUGAGGGCGACCUGCGCAGGCGUAGUGUAGGAACCGUUGAGAUUACGGACGGACGCGGAAGGCGAAGAACCGUACAACUGGAUGAGUUGAACGAGGCUGACAGGGCUUUGGCUGCACAAUUCGGAUACAAACCUGUGUUCAAACGUGAAUUCGGUUAUCUUUCGACCUUUUCCUUCGCCGUCAGCAUCUCGGGCCUUUUCGCGACGACUGCGACAACCUUCGUCUACCCGCUUGAGGCUGGUGGCUCCGCCUCAGCAGUAUGGUGUUGGUUGAUUUCUGGCGCUGGCUGCAUGUGUAUCGCUUGCUCCGUGGCUGAACUGGUUUCUGCAUACCCAACGUGUGGUGGACUGUAUUACACUGUAUCUCGACUGGCACCAAGAGAAUGGGUUCCCUCGAUCAGUUGGGUCGUUGGUUGGAUCAACCUUCUGGGACAAGUUGCCGGUGUCGCUUCCUCCGAGUACGGCGCUGCCCAACUUCUGCUGGCUGCGGUUUCCAUCAGUCGCGAUUUCAACUGGUUGCCCACUACCGACCAGACCGUCGGAGUCAUGGUUGCGUUGACUGUCCUCUGUGGGUUGGUCAAUUCGCUCUCCACGUACUGGAUGGAGAAGAUGACCAAGACAUACGUCAUCUUCCACUUCGCCGUCCUCAUCUCCUGCGCGAUUGCUCUGCUGGCCAAAACCGAGAACAAGCACAACGCCAAGUAUGUCUUCACAGAUGUUCAAGCAGAUGCUGGAUGGAGCCCAGUCGGAUGGUCAUUCUUGUUCGGUUUCUUGUCUGUCUCCUGGACGAUGACCGAUUAUGAUGCGACGGCACAUAUCACAGAAGAAAUUUCGGAACCUGAGGUCAAGGCACCCUGGGCAAUCUUCACUGCCAUGCUCUGCACCUACGUCCUGGGAUGGCUCUUCAACAUUGUUCUGUGCUUCUGCAUGGGCGAUCCUACCGAAAUCCUCGCCUCGCCUAUCUACCAGCCAGUCGCGCAAAUCUUUUACAACUCACUUGGAAAGGGCGCCAGUAUCUUCUUCACCGUGUCCGCUUUUCUGAUUCUCCAGUUCGUCUGCUGGACUGCGACCCAGGCAUUGGCACGAACCGUAUUCGCCUUCUCUCGGGACAAGUUGAUUCCACUCUCGCGGGUGUGGACCAAGAUCAACCCGCUUACCGGAACACCGCUGUACGCCGUCUGGAUCAGUAUCUUCUUCUGCAUUGCCAUCAACCUGAUCGCACUCGGCUCCUAUAUCGCCAUCGCAGGUGUUUUCAACGUCUGUGCCAUCGCGCUGGAUUGGUCAUAUGUCAUUCCCAUCAUGUGCAAGCUGAUCUUUGGCAAGUUCAAACCAGGACCGUGGCACAUGGGCAAAUUAUCACCUUUCGUCAACGCUUGGGCCUGCAUCUGGACACUGUUCGUGAGCAUUAUCUUCCUCAUGCCAACUAUUCGACCUGUUACGCCUGACAACAUGAAUUACGCUAUCAUCUUCCUGGCUUUUAUCCUGCUCUGCGCUGCUGUCUUCUGGUAUGCCGGUGGCAAGAGAUACUACACAGGUCCUAUCAUCGAAGCUGAGGUCGGGGAAGAUGUGAACAGCUCACCAUCACUAUCGGAUCAGGAGAAAAAGGAUACCGUGCCUGGUCGAGAACCCGGAGUUAUGGCUUGAGAAUAGUCAUCAAAAUGGACGAAAAAUCAUCUGGUUAGGCUGUCGGCCAAGUCUUUCGUUUCUGAACAGCAAUCUAUUCGCAAUCUAGGACGCUCUGGAUAACGGGCUGGGGUACAUGUUUGCAAAAAAAUGUUUCAAUAUCUAUUCUAGCUAUUUAGUACAAUUAUCAACGACAUAAUACCCAUUCUACCGAGUCGCU